GUCUCCCAACUCCCACGCCCACUCCGGCAACCGCUGGGGUGGAUGAGUUGAAGAAGGCCCGCAGGGGUAUACCGCACACCCUUCCUCCCCUGGCCAGCCCUAUCUCGUGCUCUGACCUACCCCCGGGGCCCCAAAGCUCCAAUCCGCCGCCGCCGUAGCCUCUCAAGCGCGUCGCUGCCGUCGCCGCCACCGUUCUACCCAUCGCGCCUUGCUACCUCCGCCCCGCACGCGAUCUUCGACAUUGGUUUUCGAGAUGGAAUCGUUGCCCCUCACUGCUGAAGCUAUUGCGUUUACUGAGAAAAAGAUGGACAUGACUCUAGAAGAUAUUAUUAAGAUGUCAAAGAAAAAAGUUCCUGCAGUCAAGAAAGCCCCUAGACAGCCGAUGAAAAAACGUCCAUUCCAGAAUGGCAACAGUAAUCAAGGGAAUGCCAAGGUUCAACGCUUUAUGGAGUCUAGAUCCUCUAUAAGACAAGGUGUUCUUGCACAAAGGAGGUCAAGUCUUGAUGGAAAUCAGUUCCAAAUCACAAAGCAGGCUGCAAAGCAGGCUGCUACUAUGCCAGUGCGUGGUAGGCCUGUCAGAUGGAACAAGCCAAGUGCCCCAUCAACCUCAGCACAGAGGAGGCCUGUAAAUGAGGCACUUCAGAAUGGCAAGGGUAAAGAGGUGCAGAACCAGCCUCCGAGGACAAUGGAUGCUCUCUUUGCACAGAUGAAGCAGCAGCGGAUGAGGAUCAUGCCACCGCUGCAAUCAAAUGCUACCCAUGGCCAUCAGUUUAAUGUGCAGCGGCGUGUUCAACAGCAGAGGCGAGGCAGAGGAGGAUAUGGUGGCCGUAAUGGUGGUGGUAACCGACGAGCCCAUCCAUAAGCAACAUGAAGGCCCUUUCUCUAAACUGGUGUUCCUUGGAAGGGAAAGGCUCUCCCUGGAAUGCUAACCUGGCUUCGUCUUGCUUCUCGUAUUUCUAUUUCUUAGCGAGCCGUGGACAGAAUUUUAACUUUAGUUUGUAUGCAGUUCUCUAGUUGCUUCUGUUUCAGCUUGUAUAAUGGUCGAUGGAAUGUAUGGAAAUUGUUUGCUAGUCUUUUGGUUUCUAUCAUAUAUACAUACUCCCUCCGUUCAA